AUGCUUCAAAUCAACCAGAUGUUCUCAGUGCAGCUGAGCCUCGGUGAGCAGACAUGGGAAUCGGAAGGGAGCAGCAUCAAGAAGGCCCAACAGGCAGUGGCUAGUAAAGCUCUGACCGAAUCUACUCUCCCCAAGCCCGUUCAGAAACCGCCCAAAAGUAAUGUCAACAAUAACCCAGGUAGCAUCACCCCCACCGUGGAACUGAAUGGGCUUGCCAUGAAGAGGGGAGAGCCUGCCAUCUACAGGCCACUGGAUCCAAAGCCCUUCCCAAAUUACAGAGCUAAUUACAACUUCCGGGGCAUGUACAACCAGAGGUAUCAUUGCCCGAUGCCUAAGAUCUUCUACGUUCAGCUGACUGUAGGAAACAAUGAGUUUUUUGGGGAAGGGAAGACUCGGCAAGCUGCUAGACACAACGCCGCCAUGAAGGCCCUCCAGGCGCUGCAGAACGAGCCCAUUCCCGAAAAGUCCUCUCAGAAUGGCGAAUCCGGAAAAGAAAUGGAUGAUGACAAAGAUGCCAAUAAAUCUGAGAUCAGCUUAGUGUUUGAAAUUGCUCUGAAGCGAAAUAUGCCUGUCAGUUUCGAGGUUAUUAAAGAGAGCGGGCCACCACACAUGAAAAGCUUCGUUACGCGGGUGUCCGUGGGAGAGUUCUCUGCGGAAGGAGAGGGGAAUAGCAAAAAGCUCUCCAAGAAGCGGGCCGCGACCACCGUCUUACAGGAGCUCAAGAAACUCCCACCUCUUCCUGUGGUUGAAAAGCCAAAACUAUUUUUUAAAAAACGCCCUAAAACCAUAGUCAAAGCUGGACCAGAAUAUGGUCAAGGAAUGAACCCCAUUAGCCGCCUGGCUCAAAUUCAACAGGCCAAGAAGGAAAAGGAGCCAGACUAUGUUUUGCUUUCAGAGAGAGGAAUGCCGAGACGUCGGGAGUUUGUGAUGCAGGUCAAGGUAGGCAAUGAAGUUGCUACUGGGACAGGACCGAAUAAAAAGAUAGCCAAAAAGAAUGCCGCGGAAGCAAUGCUGCUACAGCUCGGUUAUAAAGCAUCCACUAGUCUUCAAGAUCAACUUGACAAGACAGGGGAAAACAAAGGAUGGAGUGGCCCAAAGGCUAGUUUUCCCGAACCAACCAAUAACACUCCAAAAGGAAUUCUUCAUUUGUCUCCUGAUGUUUAUCAAGAGAUGGAAGCCAGCCGCCACAAAGUAAUCUCUGGCAAUACCCUAGGCUAUCUGUCACCCAAAGAUAUGAACCAACCCUCCAGCUCUUUCUUCAGUAUAUCUCCCACCUCGAAUAGUUCAGCCACAAUUGCCAGGGAACUCCUUAUGAACGGAACAUCUCCUACGGCGGAAGCCAUAGGGUUAAAAGGAAGUUCUCCUCCUCCCCCUUGUUCUGCAGUACAACCUUCAAAACAGCUGGAAUAUUUAGCAAGGAUUCAAGGCUUCCAGGCUGCUUUAAGUGCCUUGAAACAAUUUUCUGAGCAAGGACUGGAUCCAAUGGAAGGGACAAUGAAUAUUGACAAAAGCUCUCUUGAAAAACAAGGCCAGCAUCUGGGAGAGAAGGCGGACAGUAACCAGACACACCCGGGCCCCAUCGCUCAGGACUGCAAGAAAUCAAAGUCCGUCAUCUAG